CAUGAAUCCCGGGUCUCGCAGGUCGGCGGCUGCAGCGCACAUACUUGAGACAUCGAGGGCGCCAACAAAUAUUAAUCUGCAUGGAACCGGAGAUAAAGAUGGACUGUGUUGGGUAGAAGUAGUUUGGAAAUCCUCCCCAACCAAUGUUUUAGUCGAGAACAAAGCAUUCCAUUGAGACGGUCGCCAACAAUUGCCAGAAGGCGCAAACGCUGACAUGCCGCAUGGGCGGUGCUGGUC